CUUUCAGCAUUAUUCCAACUUCAACUUCAUUGACCUCAACUGGAUUGCGAUAACCGAAUAGACUGCAUUGCUCGAGUUCUGGCAGUAAACUGAAUCUCAAAUAUCGACUUGGACCAGAGACAGCACUCGGACUUAAAAGCAUCCUUGGCUUUCUGCAUACGACAAGCCUAGGAGCACUUCAGGGACGACCUCUCACCUAAGCAAGAAGAAUACAACUUGGCUACCUUAUCUCACAAGAAAUCUGGUCACAUCAGACCCGAGGAUAUCAAAUCACAUCACCUUCUGGAAGAGAAAAGACAUGCCUUAUAACACCACAGCCAUUCCUCCCAAGAAGGAGCCGACAGGCCAGGCCCAGCUACCUUUAUCGCGAAUCAAGAGAAUCAUUGCGCAGGACCAAGAUAUUUCCAUCUGCUCGAACAAUGCCGCAUUUGUCAUAACCAUGGCCGCAGAGAUGUUCAUACAACACCUGUCAGAGGAGGCACAUCACCAAGUCAAGAUUGACCCCAAGCCCCGCCGCAACAUUCAGUACAAAGACGUCGCCAACGCCGUGGCCCGCCAGGAGAGACUAGAGUUCCUCGAAGACGUGGUGCCCAAGACCAUCCCGUACAGAAACAUCAAGGCCCACUCCGCAGAGACACAGUCACGCCUCAAAACAGUCAACACAGCAGGAGGGGGCGAUGAACCAAUCCUGGGACGCCCACGCACCGCUACGAACGGCAGCACCACGUCCAUCGUGAACGGAGACUCGACGUUUGGCUUGCUCACGAGCCCCAGGGCCGUGAACUCUACACCGACCCACCCCACGUCGGUGGCGGCUCUGGUGUCGGAGGAAGACCCCAGCCAGCAGCUAGAGCUAGAGAUGAGGCAAGCGAAUGGACAGCGAGGGCACGACGGGGAUGUUCACAUGUCAGGCUAGCACGACUUGGUGGUGAUAUCAGCCGGUGCCCAACUUGCCCCAGGCACGAAGACGAAGCGAGUAGUAUGAACGCCAACAAAAUCAUUUUGGUAUUUCCGAUGGUUCAUCUAAAACCCAAGCACGCAAAGUUCCCCCAGAUGACCAUGACCACCCUACUCCUCCAUCGGAUCUCCCUGGAGCCCCGAUGGUAGCCUGCCCUCG